UUGAUGCAAAUUUUUUACUCUUGCGUUCUACCAUUCUUUUUUUCACAAAUUAUCACUAAAAUAAACUUCUUCCUAUACUAGAAGCAUAAUUAAGUUAUGCCGGUGAAUGAGAUCCUAAUGUUUAAACAUCCAAAUAUAUACUACAUUGGUCAGUUCAUCUGCAACUGGGAGUUGUUGUUUGUGCUAAUGAGUAGUGAAUCGUGAAAUGCUGGGUUCUACUAAAGCGUAUACAAUUCUCUACAUAUUUAUAUGGAUAUAAAUGUAAGCAAUACGAGUAGUGGAUAUACUGUAUAUAACAUCAGUAUAUUUAUCUAAUUCAAUACAUCGCAUGUGAAAUCGUGCAAUUGUUUUGAGAUUUCAUAGUAUCUUGUUUUUUAGUCUUCGGUUCACCUUUUUCAUAUGAAACUCAGUUAAUAGGACGAAAUAAUUUUUUUUUUUUGUGUGAUGAAUCUAUCUCAUCAGAUCAGUGCUUCUAUUUACGGGAUAUAAUUGUUCAAAAUCUAAGUCUCGAUGAAACCACUAAACCAAACAAUUUUUAGUUGAAUAACAAUUUGUUUUUCUUAACGAUAUUCAAAAUUUGAAAAAUCGCUGGUGUACAAAGUCUGUCAUCAUGGAAUCAAUGGACUUGGAUGGAGAUGCAGUGGUUGAUCUCAGCGUAAACAGUGUCCGACGUGAUUCACUUUCAGUAUCUGUAAAUUUAUCAAGUAAUGAUACAGACACAGCGCUAGAUCUUGGUAUUCAUUUUCUAUCACCACAUGUGGACAAUAAUGUAACAGAAACAAGAAAUAUACAGAAUGCAGCUCGAGGAAUUUUACCUGCAAAAUCAGGCGACGAAAAAAGAACGAGACGAAAUUUGCGACCAAGAACAGAACGUAGCUAUGCAGAAAGUCCUGAUGAGCCGCGAUUAAAUGGCCAUGUUAACGGUAACGUCUCGGAUAGUGACGAGGGUGAAUUACCACCACUUUUACCUAUCAAAGAGUUGUCCUCUAUUGAAUUAGCUGAAAGAGAAAGAACUCUUAGAAAACUGAAAGAAGAAUUAAGAUCUGAAGAAAUGAAAUUAGUUUUGCUUAAGAAGUUAAAGCAGUCACAGCAACUCAAAGAAAAUAUCGCUGCUAUUCCAAAAGUUACGAGUAAACUUCCACCAAUCACAGUACAACCGCAAACACCCCACAACAGAACGAACAAAGCACUCCCACCAUUACUGCGCGGUCAACCAGCACCAAGUCGUAACAGCACCAGUCUUCAUGGACCACCUCCAGGUAUGCUCUUGUUACCGAAUACAGGAAGAUCGAGCACCGGAAUAUCACCCAACAUGGUUAUUCCACAGCCCCCUCAUCCUCGCAAUCGAUCGACAAAUGUUUCUGCAAAUGUAUCAAGCUACCAUGCUCCAGCAGACAGAACCGAAAGAUCUACGAAAGAUCCAACUCCAGUUCCUAGUCAUCAGCAGCUACUUUUGGCACAAGAAAAUAAAACUACACCAUCAAUAAGUACUCCUACAAUACCUGAACAGGAACGGUCGAGAGAAGAUAAUCAAACACCCGCUCAACGCCAGGCAGCUGCAAAGUUAGCACUUAGAAAACAACUUGAAAAGACUUUGCUCCAAAUACCGCCUCCAAAACCACCGCCACCAGAGAUGCAUUUUGUACCGAAUCCAUCGAACACUGAAUUCAUCUAUCUCGUCGGUCUCGAACAUGUCGUUGAUUUUAUUACCAAGGAACCUGCGAUUCCCCCACCACCAGAACCUUUUGAGUGUACACAGUGUAAAACAGAUUUCACACCAGUAUGGAAAUGGGAAAAACCAGCUACAAGUGGAAAAAAAGAUGGUCCACGAGGUCAGCAUGCGACAUUUUUACGACCUCCUGCAGGCCGUGAUCCGCGAGUCAUAUGUGAACACUGUGUCACAACAAACGUCAAAAAAGCACUAAAAGCUGAGCAUACAAAUAGAUUGAAAACUGCAUUUGUCAAAGCCCUUCAGCAAGAGCACGAAAUGGAACAAAAAUUAGCUCAAACAAGCCCAAGUCCAGAUCCUCCGACUCCAAAGCCUAUACCAAAACCAGUUACACCAACGAGACGAGUGGCAACACCACCAGCACCUGUGCAAGCACCCUCACCUAUCCAAACACCUCCAACCACCAAACAUCAAGAACAUCCUCUUAUAAAGCUUACGGAAAGUGGCAAAUUUUCACCACAUCAUGUUGCAACUGCCGCUGCUCUUCAACAACAAAUAAUGAGAGAAUUAACGAAAAACCAGGUACAGGGAUUGUCAGGUCAUCAACCACUUCCUGCUCACAUGAUGCCGUUUAAUCCGAUUCUCUAUCCUUAUCAGUUAGCAAUGGCACAAGCUACUGGAGGCAAAGGUCUCGUUGAAUUGCAACGCCAGGCAGCUGAUCUUCAACGUCAAUAUCUUCUUGACAUGAUACCCUCACAGGCUAGUCAAGGUCAGGGAAGCCAAGCAUCUUCACGUACUCAUCAACAUAACUGGAAAACGUAACCAAAUGCAGUAAAUGAUUGAGCUAAGAUAUGACUCACUUUUCAGAUCAAAGACUCAAAAAUAUACGGAAAUCGUCGAGGUGACAUCAAAGUUUUUUUUUUUGAAUCGUUUCGUCUCUGGUUUUUUUAUUUCGUCUUCAAAUUUAUAAACGAAAAAGCAAUGAACUGAUUUUUUUAUUUGAUGCCUUCUAAAAGUAGAAAAAAGGUCCUUAAAAUGAUUCUUCAAACGGUGUUGGUGUUCUUAUACAACGGAGAUCCUCUUGUAUAAUUUUUUUUUCGUCUACCGAUGAUGUUUGUAGUAGAAAUAGUGGAAAUAAUCAAGAUAAACAAAAAAUUUAAAAAAUGAGUAUUUUUUUUUUGUUUUUUUGUCAGAAUAAAUAUCUUUGUGUAGGUUCUAAAACAAUCUUUAGCAACUGGAUUAAUUGCUUUAGUUACAGUAGCGAUACUUUUAUAUUUUGUGUUUACUGUGUUUUUCUUUAUGGAAUGUGAAUAAUCUUUAAGAAAAAUACAUUGUUGAGUCGAGUAUGGUAUAUAAAUUGAAUCUAUACUGUGAGUUUGAACAUUUUUGAUGAGUUAUUUUUUCACUAAUUUACUUGAUAAAGCUAAAGUUAACCGGAAAGUGUGGAAAAGUUCGAUACAUGUGCCCAAUCAGAGAGCCCGCUCACAACUCAUUUGGAAGGGAAACACUCGCCAAGGCUCGUGCCUGCCCCUCUAAAUUCGUUGUGAGCACACUCUCUGCCUGGGCACUUGUAACGAAAUAUACUAUUAUGUAGUAGAGGUAUUUAGUGCGCUUUUGGAAAUUCACACAUUAUUCCCACUGUCCCUAGUGACAUAAUAUACUGGGUGACUACUAAAUUUAACCAAUCACCGUAUGCUUUUGGUAAAGCGAUGACAGCCAAUAAUGGCAACUGCGUACACCAGGUAAAGGCAUCGACAAUGUACGCUCGA